UAUCGCUGAUUACUUCUCCUCAGCGUCGGAGCUGUGACUGAUGCCUGUGACCCACUGUCCAUGAGGAUUUAACCUCAGCAUCUUGACAAGAAAAUACUUUCAUAGUGUUUUUUUUAAGGUUUCUUGCUAUGACACAUCAUCAUUGAUUUGUGGGGGUGCAGAGAUCUGGGAUUUGAACCUUGGCAUGAUCACUGUCAGAACUGCUCUCUGAUUGGCUUGCAAGACAUACAAUUGGGAAGUGGAACACCCCUGUCAAAAACCUUUCAGUGCAAAGCUCAGCUUUUUAAUCACUGGUGUAUUCCAACCAGUCAGACAGUCCUAAAACAAGUAUGCAGUUCAUUUGCUAAGGAAUGGAGGAAGCAAGUUUGUGCCUUGGUGUAUCUUCAGCAGUGCCUGAAGCUGAUGUCCAGCUCAGCAAACCAGUACUAAAUGGCCAGUAUCCAAUAACCCAGAAGUUGCAUCAGUUGACAGCACAACUGGGACAUGCCUUUCCAGAACUCCAGAGCAGACAAAACCCUGAGGAGAAAGCAGCGAUUGGACUGGAGGAAAAGCGUCACCCAACAGUGGCUAACCAGCCAAUCAGCAAUCAAAUGACCCUGCUGGCAAAUCAGCUGAAUACAGAUAUUGACACUAAUUUAGGUAUGAAUGGGAGAGUUGACUUACAGCACUUCUUAAAUGGACAGAACCUUGGGAUAAUUUCACAGAUGAAUGGCACAGAAGAUGAUGCAAAAAAAUCCAGGAAGUACCCAUGCCCCAUUUGUGGUAAGCGCUUUCGGUUUAACAGCAUUUUGUCUCUCCACAUGCGCACUCACACUGGGGAGAAACCAUUCAAAUGUCCUUACUGUGAUCACAGGGCAGCUCAGAAAGGUAACUUGAAGAUUCAUCUCCGCACUCACAAACUUGGGAAUCUUGGGAAAGGUCGUGGGCGGGUCAGAGAAGAAAACAGGCUUCUGCAUGAGCUGGAAGAGAGGGCCAUCCUGAGGGAUAAACAGAUGAAGGGUGGUCUUGGCCUGCCAAGGGCUGAUGGGAAACAACACCAGGCUGUCAUUAGCUCCAGCAGCUUGCCUUUACCAGCCAGCCAGAGUAGCUCUGAUGCCUCUAAUACAAUCUGCAGCCCCAAGCCCACGGGCACACAGGAAGAACCAGCAGCUGCUACUGUGGGAUUUAGAUGCACCUUUUGCAAGGGGAAGUUUAAGAAACGCGAGGAGCUGGACCGUCAUAUUCGAAUACUCCACAAACCUUACAAGUGCACUCUUUGUGAAUUUGCUGCCUCUCAGGAGGAAGACUUGAUCAGUCAUGUGGAGAAAGCACACAUAACCGCUGAGUCAGUGCCAGGUCAGGGACCAAGUGGAAAUGGAGAGCAAUCCAGUAAUGAAUUUCGCUGUGAAGUCUGCGGCCAAGUCUUUAGCCAGGCUUGGUUCCUGAAAGGUCACAUGCGAAAGCACAAGGAUUCUUUUGAACAUAGCUGUCAGAUCUGUGGACGGCGAUUCAAGGAGCCCUGGUUUCUCAAAAACCACAUGAAGGUCCAUCUCAACAAACUGGCUGUAAAGAAUACGUCUCAGAGUGAUCAAGAGGUAUCUGAGAGUCUAAACAAUAUGGUGCAAGAUUCCCACUCGAAUGUGUAUUCAGCAUAUGUAUCUUGUUUACAGAGCGGUUUUUUAUCACCUGAUAAAUUGAGCUUGAAUGAACAAAGCCAACUUCAUUAUAAUAAAGCAGAAAUUGCUAGGAAGGAAAAGGAAAUGCUUGGGAAACUAUUAGUACCUGUGAGCAGCGCCGCUCGUGGUAUAGUGGAAGGAGACAAGCGCUCCUUACUGGGAUGUUUGACCCUGGCACCUCCUUUAAAGGCCAGCUGCAUGGAGCGUUUGCAGGCGGUAGCCCGUGUGGCUGAGUUUGAUCCUGUAAACAGCUACCAGGCUUGGCAGCUGGUGACAAGAGGAAUGGUAAUGGAGCAGGCUGCUCUGCCUAAGAAGCACCUGCACCCUGGUCAGGAAGACAGUCUGCCCAGUGCAGGUGCCAGUGUUGACAAGGACAAAGGAGAAUUUGUCUUUGCAGCUGGAGAUAAAUCAAAACAGAAACUAGAUGGGGACCUGAUUCAAAGCCCUAAAAGAACCAACAUUAAUGACAUUUCUGGUAAAGAUGAUCUAAUGGGAAGCAGGGAAUUCAUGGCACAAGGAAUGAAUCAAGGUCUGGAAUAUAAAAUUGCUGGAUUAGGACAAAACCAUGGAACUAUGAAAGAAAAGCCCACUGAAUGCCCAGACUGUGGCCGAGUGUUUCGGACCUAUCAUCAAGUUGUUGUCCAUUCCAGAGUGCAUAAGAAGGGAAGGAAACCUGGAGAUGAAGGAAUCCAGGGUGUUUUAGAUGAACGGCGUGGAUCUGGAAGUGAUCAAGAUUCCCAGUCUGUGAGCAGGUCAACCACACCUGGAUCAGCCAAUGUAACAGAGGAUAACAUGACAGCAGGUGGCUACUCUGUGACAGGAAGUACACAAGAAGAUAGUCCAAACCCAUCUUCUCCAUCUUCAGAUGUAGGAGAGGAAUUGGGAAGGCCUGCAGGAAUACAACAGCCUUCUUUACUGAGGGAUCGUGCCCAUGGAUCAGCCACCCGGGAUUGCCCCUACUGCGGCAAAUCGUUCAGAACUUCCCAUCACCUGAAGGUCCACCUGCGAAUACAUACAGGGGAAAAGCCGUAUAAAUGUCCUCAUUGUGACUAUGCUGGAACCCAGUCAGCAUCCCUGAAAUACCACUUAGAACGUCAUCAUCGGGAGCGGCAGAAUGGAACAAGUCCACUACUGGGGCAAGCACACACUCGUCAAGAGCAUUCUGAAGAGCCAGCAAGCAAAAGCCAGAUGUUUAUCAGACCAGAAAUAUUGAGAGGAGUUAUGAAAGGUGUGCCUGGAACUGACAUAAGGAGUAGUUUGACUCCUCAGCAGUGGCCACUUUCUUCUGCAGAGUGCCAAGGACAUGGACCCAGUGUUACAUCAGAGCAGCAAUCAGAAAUUCUAAAAAUCACUCCUGAGGUUUCUGGUGAGGAAACUCCAAGCCUUUCUGAUCUAAGCAGAGCUUUUCAGAGUCUUGCUGGGAAUGGAGUCAAUUUUCAAGGGUCUUUGCAAGCAUUUAUUGACACCUUUGGACUGAGAUCCUUGGAGAAAGAAAAAGAAAUGUUGGCAAGAGCAUAUGGUGAAACCACAAGUGUAAAACAGGUUGAAGGUCAGUCUUCUGAAGAAAAAUCAGCUGUCAAAUCUAGGUCAACUGCAGAAAAAUCCCAGUAUGAACCUUUGGAUUUGUCUGUAAGACCUCCAUCACACGAUUCUGUUUCAAUCCCUGGUGCAACCAUUACCGUUCAGGAUAACAUUACUUGGCAUGGGUGUCUAUUCUGUUCCUUCACAACAUCGUCAAUGGAACUAAUGGUUCUUCACCUUCAAGCAAACCACCUGGGAAAAUCAAAACGAAAAGAAAAUCUUUCAGGAACAGUUGGAGUUGGAAAUGAUCUUCGAGGGGAGUCUUCAUCUGUUGCAAAGAAAACCUGUUUGUCCAUUUCUCCUGUUGUUACCAAGAAAGAUAUUAUAACAGCAAAAUUACUUGACAAGGCAGAUUCCUCCCCUGAUAAAAUAUCUCAGCAAGGCCAAUCUGGUGAUUCUUUGGGAGAUCACAAGAAGUCUUAUAUUAAUCCUAUGGACUCCAGUCUGAGUUCUCUAGUGACAGACUUUUACAAACAAUUUCACAAAUAUUCAACAAGUGGCAGCCCAGGAACAUCUAUCUUGAGUUCUGCCCAUGAAAAUGAACUGAAAUAUAUACCUACAAAUACGCUGAAUCUUGUUUCACCAGGGACUACCAGCAUAAGUCCCUCUGGUGAAGUAGGUAAUCAACCAUGUAGUGAUGAUGCAGGGUCUGUAAAUGAUCAAGAUGCAGAUGAUCAAGAAGCAUUAGUUGACAUAAACCGACCAUCAACCUCUGAUGAAGAAACCUCUGACGAAGAAGAUCUGAUUCACAGUGCAGCUCUUUCACAAGGAUCACAGAGUCUUCUGAGUUCCAUGGGUAAACACCAAGGUGGACCUUGGCAUAAUUUAAAUCUUCUGCCAUCUCACAAUAUUCCACCAGGGCUGGUCAAACCGGAGCAGGUCCAUGACCAUCAACCUCUGGACCAGCAAAUGAACAUGCUGUCAGUUCUGAGAGCUUACAGCACAGACAACAUGGCAGCUUUCAAUGGUAUUGGAAAUAGUUCAACCAGCAGUGGCAGCACCACUAAGAGAGCAGAUUUAUCAGGUCACAGGCCUUUUCAGUGCAGAUACUGCCCAUACAGUGCCUCUCAGAAGGGGAACCUGAAGACUCAUGUUCUGUGCGUGCAUCGUAUGCCUUUUGACAACAGCCAGUACCCAGAUCGCAGGUUCAAACGCUCAAGAGUUGAAACGGAAGCUACUGGGAUUUCAGAGGAAGCAAGUGUUGUGAAACCAGGGAGCUCCUGUGAACUGCCGGUGGAAACCAGUCAGGACCAAGAGUAAUGCAGUGGAACAAAACAAAUAUUCGCAAUAUACAUUUUUACAGAGCUUUUUUUUGAUAUGCAGUCAGAAUGAGCAACUGUUUGUGGAAUUCCAAGGAAAGAACUUAUGGACUAUUUAAAAAUAAUACCCCAGUAUUGUGAUCGACAGUAUAGAACGUAUAAACUGGAGUAUCCAGUCCUCCCAAAUGACUGCCAAACUGUUACCUAGCAACAAGUACUUCAAAACAUCACAGGUGGGAGGAUAAAGUGGUUCUAAAAGGUGGGAGGAGGUCAUCAGCUACUUAAAAGCAGGACAUUUGAAAGUUUAAAGUGGUCUCUGUCCAAAAAUAAUGCUCUUAACAGAAAAAUGAUACCAUCUGAAUGAUUUAGCAUUGCCUUGAAGAUCUGGGGCUGUGUUUUCAGUGUUGAAAACACCUUUAUAACAUGACACCAUCUGCUGUCAUUCGCUUAGCAUAGUAAUGAGAUAUGUUGGUAGACUGCCAUGGUGCCAGUCUGACUGGAGCUGUCAUUGCAGAAAAAAUCAAUGCAAGCGGUGUCGCAACUGCACUAUAGAAGAAAUCUUAGACGCCCCAUGAACUAGGGUCAGUAGUGACCUACACUGAAGUGGGUUGGAAUUAAACAUUUUCAUAUUUUUUUCUGAUUCAUAGCCAAAUGUAUCAAAGGAAGAGAAUGAGACACAGUGCAAACGUGUUAGUCAUUUAUUUUUUUGUUACCAGUUUGCAGUGUUGAGGGAAAAAAACAUUUCUUUUUCUUUACUUCAAGGAAUUUUCUUCUGUGGAGAAGUAGGUUAUCAAUAAUCAAAUCAUAGAUAUGAGGGGAGGGAUAGGAAUGGGGAUCGGGAUGUGUCACUAAGCACUGAAAGCUGUUGAAUCUGACAGUAGAGGGCACUAGUGGGAAGUGGUAUGUUUGUAGCAAAGGAUUAUCAAGCUUUUUACUUGAAUAGAAUUCCCAGGAGCAACAAUUCGUUAAUUUUUGUAAGUGUGAAAGACAUAAAACAGGAGUUUCUCCUGAAGAGCUACUAAAUGGAGAAGUUGAAGAAGCCCAUUCAUCCAUUAUUUCCUGCUCUGUAUGUAUCAAGAAAUACUAUUAAUGUUUUUGGUCUUUCUCCCUUGUUUUUGUAAAACAGAAACAAUGGAAUGUGGUGUAUUUUUAUGAAUUUUAGCUUUUGUACAAUUCGGAAUCUGCAGAGUUUAAUUUCAAGGUGAUAUACAAAGCUUUUGAGGGACAUGGAAGCUUGUGGCAAAUGAUGUGAUUAUGAUGUUCUAGAAAAAUAACUUUUGAGAAGGUUUAUAACAACACAAAGUCAACACGAGAAUGGAAAUCAAGUAAGCUUAUAGCCUUUUAAUCUCACUUCCUUCAUCAAAAGCAAAAGUGGUGCUUCAUCUCCCCAUGGUAUUCGAGUAUCAGUGUCUUCUGAAAAAAAGUCUGACUUAAGAAGUCAAGUGGGCUGUAGGGAGCAGAAAGUAUAUCCCAGGGCCUUAAAACUUCUGCUCUGCCUAAAGCAGUUUACAGUAAUCAGAAACUGCAAUCUAUGAUUUGUGUAAAUAAAAAAAAGCUUAGUACUAACCUGAGACAAAGAUAAAAUCUCAGGCUAAGAGAGAAGUAUGGUUUGCAUAUGCUGGCUAUUAGGAAGUCAACAAUUGAAGACACAGUGUAAUUGAGGUCACUAACUAAGACCUAUCUGGCAUAUAGCAAGCUGGUUUUAUUGUUUUUUAGUAUAGUUCUCACUGCCUUACUUAAACCCAGAUGAUAAACUUAAUGCAACUGUUUCUAAAGAUCCCAAUAUGGGAUCGAGAUGUUAUUAAACAUUUCUGAACGACUGUAGUAAGCUUUAGGAUAUUAACUGCACUACCGUGUUUGGUGACUGUGUCAGUCGCUUGCUUUCGUGUGUGAGAGUGUGUGUGUGUGUGUGUGUGUAUGUGUGCGUGUGUAUCUGUGCGUGUGUGUGUGUGCAUGUGUAUAUGUGUAUGGGAGAGCACGUGAGUGUGUGUGUGUGUGUGUGUGUGUGUGUGUGUGUGUGUGUGUGCCGCCUACAGUAUCUUAGCAAACACAUUCCAUUCUUGCACUUUUGAAAUCUUUCAGUAUUCUUCUGUGUCUUUCAGCAUUUCAGAUGACAGGCAAUAAUUCUGUUUAUGACACUGGAAACAUUUCCCUUUCUGUGACGUGUGCGUUGAUUCCAUUUAGUCAGGUGCUACUGUCCCUCUUUUUUUUCCUCUCUUACGUAGACCUUUCCAGAACAUUUGUAACUUGUAAUACGAACAAGUGACAGCAGCAGUGAUACAUUGUCAGAUUCUGAAUAACAUCAUGCUUCACAAAUCUAAACAUGUCAACAUUUCUCUGUACUUCUGUAGUGUGUGAAACUGGUCAUGAUAUUGUCUACAUUCCUAAAUGAAGGAGUUCUUAUCUUGGAGGAGAUCUGAGAUCAAUAGAGUAGAGGAUUUUGUUGCCUUGCUUGUAACAAGUAGAUGACUUUGUAUUUAAAGUUUAUUCUUGGUCAUUAUUUAUUAUACAUCAGUUGACAGAACUUUAUUCUGGUAUAGAAGUAUAAAAGUUGUUUUUCAGCAAUGACUGUUUUCUUUCUGCUGUUAGAAGCAAGAUGUCUUUGAAGCAGUACAGUUUUAUCCAGUGUUUUACGCAAUAAAACCUCUACCU